UCAUCGCAUGCGCAGCGACCUUCGGAUCCAAGAUGGCUGCAGCAGUUGACGAAAGAAAUCGAUCAUUGAAACAGGCCCUGAUAGAAAGCCUUGCCGCCAUUCUAUCACCCGACCAAGAGGUCCGCAAACAAGCCGAGGAACACCUCAAAGUUUUGGAGGUGACAGAAGAAUUUGGCGUUCAUCUUGCUGAGUUGGCCAUUGAUACUGAGGGUGCGCUUGCUAUUCGUCAGCUUGCAUCAGUUAUCCUAAAGCAAUAUGUCGAAGCCCAUUGGUGCUGUGAUUCAGAGAAGUUCCACCCACCUGAGACUCCACCUGCUGCCAAAACUGCAAUUAGAUGUCUUCUUCCUGCAGGCCUCUCUGAGUCAAUCAGUAAAGUUAGAUCCAGUGUGGCAUAUGCCAUAUCUGCCAUCGCUCACUGGGACUGGCCUGAGGCAUGGCCUGAACUCUUUGGUCUGCUGAUGGAAGCACUGAUGAGUGGGAAUCCUAACUUGGUGCAUGGAGCAAUGAGGGUGUUGACAGAGUUUUGUCGUGAGGUGACUGAUGCUCAGAUGCCCCAGGUUGCCCCGGUUAUUCUUCCAGAGAUGUACAAAAUAUUUGUACAAGACCAGGUGUACAGUGUGAGAAUACGAUCAAGAGCAGUAGAUAUAUUCAACACCUGUGCUGGCCUGAUCUGUGCCAUGUCUGAUUACCAAAAGGAUGCCCCCAAGCUUUUGCUGUUUCCUGUCCUUCCUCAAUUCAUCCAGGCAUUCACACAGGCCCUUGGUGUGCCAGACAGUCUUACAUCAGACUGUGGACUGAAGAUGGAAGUUUUGAAGGCUCUUGCUACCCUUGUAAAAAACUUCUCUAAACAAAUGGGGAACCACAUUAUGGAGAUCUUGCCACAUGUAUGGAGCAUCUUGACCCACAGUGCCGAUCGCUACGUCAAGACCGUGGUUAAUGACACAGAGGAGGCCGACGAUCCUGUAGACUCUGACGGGGAAGUUCUUGGCUUUGAGAACCUCGUCUUUAGUGUAUUUGAGUUUAUCCAUGGCUUGAUAGAGACACCCCGCUUCAGGAAAACUGUCAAGAAGUUUUUGAAUGAAUUAAUAUACUUCUUGCUUCUGUACAUGCAGAUUACAGAGGAUCAGAUCCAAGUCUGGUCAAGUAACCCUAAUCAGUUUGUGGAAGAUGAAGAUGAUGAUACCUUCUCCUACUCAGUUCGGAUUGCUGCCCAGGAUGUAUUACUGGCAGUUUCAGCAGAAUUUAAAAAUGAGGGUGCUGUCACGCUGGCCAGUGCGGUGACGCGGCAUGUAGAUGAGGCCAACAACUGCAAAAGAAAGGGUGACACAAACUGGUGGAAGCUUCAUGAAGCCUGUAUGCUGGCCAUGGGGUGUGUUAAGUCAAUUAUUAUCGAUAAGAUAUCUAGUGAGGACAUUGUGGCUUUCCUCAACAAUGUUGUGUUAGUCGACCUUCAAGAAUCAGUUUCUCCAUUUCUUGUUGGUCAAGCCUUGUGGGUCGGCAGUCGUUUCACUCCUAUGAUGAACCCAGCUUUGUUAAACAGCUUUCUCCAGGCCUCUGUCAGUGGCUUGCAGAAUAAUCAGCUUCCUGCUGUGCGGAUAUGCUCUGUGCGUGCUGUCUAUGAAUUCUGUGAGCACCUAAAAAAGUCAAAUAACACCCAGCAACUCGUGCCCUACCUACGGCAGAUGAUGGAUGGGCUGCUAGCAAUGGCAACACAGUCGUCUGAUGACGUGCUGGCACUCGUGCUAGAGACACUGAGAAUUGUCAUGUCGGUUGAUAAAGAAUUUACCACAACAUAUGAGCAGAAAAUAGCACCCCUUACUAUAGCACUUUUCAUCAAACUCGCUCAUGAUGCAGCUUUGUUGCCUCUAAUAGAAGACCUGUUCAAAGAACUCGCUAUGAACUCUGGAUGCAACAAACUUUUGCAGCAGAGAUUUAUUCCAACUGUUAUCAGCAUAUUCCAAUCGCCGCCAGAAAAAACACCGCUAGGGAUACAUGCUGUAUGUAUAGAUGUGCUGACAAAUAUCAUCAAAUUUAGCGAGCCUCCACUCUCUGACCUUCUGCUGAAUAAUGUAUUUCCUGUGCUCAUCAAGAUUCUACUUAACUCAGAUGAUAACGCUGUAUUACAGAGUGGAGGGGAGUGUUUGCGGAUGUAUCUCAUCGCUGGUGCUGAGCAAUUAUACAACUGGAAAGACUCUGAAGGCAACAAUGGUAUUUCCUAUGUCAUACAAGGGGCUUCCCACCUACUGGACCCGCGAGGACCUGAGUUCACAGCCUCAUUUGCUGGGAGGCUGGUAACCACACUCUUACACAAGGUUGGAAAAAACCUCGGCGAUCAGUUAGACUUGUUAUUACGAGGUGUACUCAGCAAACUUCAUCAAGCGGAGACGCUCAGUGUGAUACAGUCAUUGAUCUUAGUAUUCGUCAAGCUCAUGAACAGUCAGCUUGAAACCACGAUUGAAUUUCUCAGUGGUGUCCCAGACCCAACUGGCAAAUCAGCGCUGGAAAACAUCCUUAAGAUCUGGUGCGCGCGCCAACCAGAGUUCUAUGGCGUCUAUGACAAUAAAGUUAGCACCCUAGCCCUAUGCAACGUUCUUCAGUACUUCAUUAACACAGGCGACAAGAGACUCCAAGUAGUCGUCAAGGGAGACAGAAUUUAUCCAAACGAUGAAGGUAUAAGAACGCGGUCAAAAGCAGCUAAAACCCCUGAGCAGUGGACCAUGAUCCCGAUGCCGGUUAAAAUAUUUAAAUUGCUCAUCAAUGAGUUGGGAACCCUGUUGGAAAGUGCGGCCGAGGAGACAAAUGCAGAGAGUGGAGGCGAGAGUGAUGAGGGGGAGGAGGGAUGGGAGGAUGAUGACGAGGAGGAGAUGGCAGGUCAUACGCUCUCUUCCAUAUUAGGGCAAUUCGCACCAGUUUCUGACUUCGCAGGAUUUCAUUUGGACGAAGGACCAGAAGAAGAUGACGAUGAUCCCGAAAUUACUUCUGACCCCAUAUACACCAUGGACUUACAGGCGCACUUAGUAGAGUUUGUCCGACGAUUCGUUCAACAGCCCUGCUUCCAGGCUUACCAACAAGCGCUGAACCCCCAGGAAAGACAUACCCUGUCCCGUAUAGGGAUAACAACCUAGGACCACACCCAUGCUACCACGAGGAUGCUACUCAGCGGAUGGGCGGGGCUCUGCUAGCCUUUCUUGUGUGCAAAGUAGAAAAAGACAAUACAAAAACACUGAGAUACUAGUAAAGAAAAGGGGACUGGUUUCCCUCCUAGCAGGGGUUUAGUGGUGGUAUAAAUGAUAAAUGCUGUACGAGAGAACUUCGCGGGAAAGGAGAAAAGUUUUUUUUGCGGCGAAUACAAGAGAUCAGUUAAGCCGUUAAGAUCUUUCCUAGCGAAUACAGGAGAUCAGUUGAUGUUAGGAUCUUUCCUAGCCAAUACAAGAGAUCAGUUGUCGUUAGGAUCUUUCCUAGCUGGUCAUCUUUACUUCGUCUUAUUUCAACGAUAGCAAUCCACCCCCCCCCCCCCCCCCUCACCGGGGGUGCAAUGUAGAAGGGCGUGUCUUGGAUUGGGACCCCUUUCUUCAACCCUUUUACCUCGAAGUAUAGUUUCUCGAUGAGCGAUCGCUAGUAGCAGACCCCUUGUGCGUGUAAGAUGCUCAAGAAGUCGAUUCAGGAUUUCUGGUUAAAGAAUUAUUGGAAUGGACUGAGAUAGGCACGUGAUUAUGGUGAUUGGUCCGAUUAUUUCGUGCCGACACGCUCGCGAGGUCACGUGUCUAAUGCCCAAGAAUGGAAAGAAGUGUGUGACUGUGUCACGAAAAUGAAAUUCAAAAUCCUAGUCGAUGUCGUAAAACUCCGUGAGUUGCAUUUCCCAAAUAAAUGCAUCUGAUUUUU